ACCGUUUCUGAAGUCACGACCGGGAGAGAGCCUGUGAUAUAUAGGUUCCACAGUGUCCCAGCUACGUCUGCAGCAAAGGGCGACUGCUUGGAAUUUCGGAAAAUCUGACACCAUGAAGGUCCUAUGGCUGCUGCUGUUGUGUGUUGUCUCAGUUCAAACUCAAGCUGCCGAUGAUGACUACGAUGAUCAGGACAAGGUGGAAAAGGUGGAUAUCCGUGGCCAUCGACCCAUUGACAGGAGAAAGGAAGCCCCCCUCAGCCUGAGACCCGCCCCCCCUCCUAUCAGCGGAGGAGGCUACCGAGCCCGCCCAGCCAAAGUUACUACUAGCCAGAAGAAAGUAGAGAGAAGACCUCCCGACGCAGACGGCUGUCUUCACGCUGACCCAGACCUGGGAGUGUUGUGUCCUACAGGGUGUCAAUUGCAGCAAACUUUGCUAAACCAGGAAAGGCCAAUCAAGACCAGCGUUGCUGAGUUAAAUAGAAACAUAGAGUCUGUCUCUGAGACUUCUUCCACCACCUUUCAGUACCUGACUCUGCUAAAAGACAUGUGGAAAAAGAAGCAGGCACAAGUUAAAGAUAACGAAAAUGUCAUAGACGAGUAUUCGUCCAUCCUGGAAGACCAGAGGUUAUACAUUGAUGAGACGGUGGUUGACAACAUCCCCCACAACCUUCGUGUGCUCCGCUCCAUCCUGGAGAACCUGAGAAGCAAAAUCCAGAAAUUAGAAUCUGACAUCUCAGCUCAAAUGGAAUACUGCCGUACCCCGUGCACCGUCAGCUGCAAUGUCCCCGUGGUGACUGGCAAAGAGUGUGAGGAGAUCAUCAGGAAAGGAGGUGAGACAUCCGAAAUGUACCUCAUCCAACCCGACACCUCCGUCAAGCCUUACAGAGUAUACUGCGACAUGAACACCGAGAACGGAGGGUGGACAGUCAUACAGAACCGUCAGGAUGGCAGCGUCGACUUUGGCAGGAAAUGGGAACCAUACAAACAAGGAUUUGGAAAUAUUGCAACCAAUGAAGAUGCAAAGAAGUACUGUGGUCUGCCAGGUGAAUAUUGGCUCGGGAAUGAUAAGAUUAGCCAGCUUACCAGGAUGGGACCCACAGAACUUCUGAUUGAAAUGGAGGACUGGAAAGGAGACAAAGUGAAGGCACUUUAUGGAGGCUUCACAGUGCAGAACGAGGCUAACAAGUACCAACUCUCCGUGGACAAGUACAAAGGGACUGCCGGAAAUGCCCUCAUGGAUGGGGCCUCUCAGCUGGUGGGGGAAAACAGAACCAUGACCAUCCACAAUGGCAUGUUCUUCAGCACAUAUGACAGGGACAAUGAUGGCUGGUUAACUGCGGACCCAAGAAAGCAGUGCUCAAAAGAAGAUGGUGGCGGAUGGUGGUACAACCGAUGCCAUGCAGCCAAUCCAAACGGCAGAUACUACUGGGGUGGUGUCUACAGCUGGGACAUGUCCAAGCAUGGCACAGACGAUGGCAUCGUGUGGAUGAACUGGAAGGGCUCCUGGUACUCCCUGAGGAAGAUGUCUAUGAAGAUCAGGCCCUUCUUCCCACAGCAGUAGCCUCCACACACAGACUUCUAUUCUUCUACGUGGGACAUUUUUUACAUUAUAUUAUCGGAACAUUCUUUGAUACAUUACAUCCAUUAAAACUCAAAACAAUG